AUCAACAAAUGUGAUGACCCUGUUACUGUAACGGCUUCCAUGAAUGUCCCGGAUCUGGAUAUCACGUGGUCACAUACCUACAGUGGUGAUGACAAAAUUCCAGUGCCCGGAUUUAGUGUUCCUGCUGGUGGUGUGUACGUUGAAGUAGACCUCACCAAUAACGGAGAUACACUGCAUUUAAAGGUGUGUUCUAAAGGCUUUCAUUUAUAAUCACCUGGAAGGAACGGGGGGAGGGGGAAGGGGGGGAGGUGGUUGAGGGUGGUCGUCAAAAUCCGUUUCAAUUUCCAAUCCAUACUUUCCAGUCCGCCCAUUCACACAAGCCAUUUCCCACAGGGCUUUUCCCAGCGCAAUAAAUGAAAGCUCCCUUACGUCACGAUAAGUUAACUAAUCAGCCAAUUGGCGGAGGUCUAUGUGACUGGUGAGGGUAAAAGGAGGAAUGAGUUUGGGGAAUGACAUGUGGCAUGCCUUGCGGAGUGACAUACAGUUGUAAUCAUGCGGAAUGUAAUAUAUGCUGAAUGACUAAAAGAAAUAAAUUAAACUGAAAAGUGAACCCUUUUUUGGCGCCAAUCAAUUUGCAAAAGCAGCGACUUUUUUAAUUAUGCGGGCUUGACUACGAUGACAAUCAAAAAGCCACGAAGGAUUCCUUGAUUUCUCACUCUCGAUUAGCCUUUUUCGCACAGCCACAAAGAUGAGAUUUAUUGAGGCGGGCUGCAUGGCAUUACCGAUACUACAUCACUAAAGUCGACCAUUGAAGAAAAUAGUUUUGGAAGGUCACGCUCCCUUCUGCUUUAAUUUUUCUGCAAAAGUUGUUUGCACGAUUAACUCCACAGGUUUUUUACCUUCACUUGUAGAGCAGAACCCCUAUAUCUCGAACUCGGAUAACUCGCACCCCCCCUCCGCUCACUCGAACUAAGUCCAAUUUCCCCUGGAUUUCAUCCCACUUUUCAUUCAUUUUUUACUCGACCGUUAACUCGAACUCGGAUAUUCGAAUUCCCCACUGACUCAAACUAAAUUUCCUUUCCUACGACCGAGUCUACCAUUUCCUAGCAGCCUCAUAAAGCCUACCACUACUAGAAGUGAUUUCCUCCAUAAUCCUCGUGAACUCCAACGCGCUGCUCUAGCAUCUUGGUUUGAGCCAGAAAUAAUAAACGGACCGGCAGAGCGGUUGCUCCUUCAAAUUUGUGCCAAAAUAAGGCGCGGCAGAGACGCACGUAUGCUUUUCUGCUUAAUUUAUUCCUGUGUUCCAUUUCCAUAUAUUGCAUUCCGCAUAAUUAUUUCAUUCCGCAAGCCAUGCCACAUGCCAUUCCGCAAACUCAUUCCGCCUUUUACCCUCACCGUGAUGCGAGAGCAGGUCACGUAAUGAAAGGUUUUCUGUUGUAUGGUUUCAGGCUUGUUCUGGCCUGCGAAAACAUCCAUUUCUCCUCGCUCUUCUUUCCGCGCGAAACUUCCCCAGCGGCGAAGAGCGAGGAGAAAAGGAUGUUUUCGCAGGCUAGGCUUGUUCUAACUUGGUACAUCAACUAGCUUAAGACAUAAAAAUCAACAUCAAAACCCACAUACAGAAACGAAUCCUCGAAAAUGAAAACGAAACAACUGGUUACUGUGUAAAUGGUUUUCUACAUUUUUAUAAAAAAAUUGCGCUGGGCAACCAGGAUGACUAAAUGUUUUUUACUUCUUCAUACUGAUCAUAUUUUUGAUAUGAAAAGGUUUUUCUAGUUGCAGCUUUCAAACUACUUUUGUAAGAUUUGAAUGAACCAUCACUCAAUUGAAUGGAAUCAGUUGAAGGUGACUGUUUUAUCUUUUACCAGGUGAAUCUGCUGGUCGGAGCACUGGGUGUUUAUCUCCCCCCAGUCACUGUUGUGGAUGGAGACUUGCCGAUCUCAACUGACGAUUGUGGCAAGUAAAACUGAUCUUGAUCAACAUGGCGUACUAUAUCUAAUUAAAAGCAGUUCUUGUCACGAGUAAUAAUCUGUACCAUCUGUACGAUAAGGCGGUGUCUGACACUAAAUAUAAGCGCUUUACUUAGAGCGGGACACCCGCGGGACCAAAUUAAGACCUUAAUACGAGAGGGACAUCCGCGGGAUUAUAUUAGGUGCCUGCCAUACGUGUAUACAUCGAACUGAAUCAGUGUUAGCCUGCGUAGCAGGUGCUUGGAAGUAGUGGGCGCAAGAAAGAACGGGCCGCGCGAGGUAGACACUCGUGUCUCACUCUCGCACGCUCGUUGUUUCUUGCGCCCAAAUAAUUCCAAGUGCCUGCUACUCAGGCUAAAUCAGCGUGUCCACCUCAUUACCUUGCGAUGUUGGUAACCACAGUAACACAGACAAAGGAGUAAAAUAAAGAGUAACUCCGAUAUAAACAUGUGCCAGGUGUACAGAAAAAUAUAACGGGGCUGGUUCUUUACUGUGAAAUGUCGUUUCAUUCAUUUUUGAUCACUGAAGAUAUCGGAGUUACGUAGGGCUGGUUCGAUUUACUGGGGAAUAACUGUUCAUUUCCACAGUGCAAUACGUGUAAGAAAGGUGUCAGCUUGAAAAGAAAUGACCAAAAUUUGUUGUUUUUAGGAUUCUUUGGAUGGUUUAUUGACCUAAGUGUUCCUGCCAAAAUAGCAGUGAUCGCUGGAACGGUUGUUUUUCUCAUCGCCGUCUGCUGUGGCUGCUGUUGCUACUGCUGCUGUAGGAGGCGUCGCUCCGCCAAUCAAGGUCCUAUCAUCAUCGCGCCUGGUGUUGGUACUUCCGCUGUCAUGACAACGAAUGCCAACACUCGGGUUCCCAUGCGACCAUUGGUCGAGGAGGAAUGA